AGCAAGCUACUUAUAUUGUUAUAUAUUUUCAGAUUAGAUAGUCUAUUAAGAUUGUGUUUGACCUGACAUAUCACUAAUUGGACGAGGCAAGUGCAAUAACCAAAAUCUAUAGGCAAUCUUCUGCUGGUGCUAUUUUAGGAAAACCAUUUUACCAUUCCUGUAACUAAUUCGAAACGUUAUCUCAUACCUUUCUGAAAUUGCAUCGAUUAGAAAAAUUGAACCAAGUGUUUGGACAUAUUUUUACAAAGAAGAAUAGCAAAAAGAUGUCGAGUGGCAUUAACAUCGACGAAGAUGUGUACAACAAGUGUUCGGAGCAGGUACUGAGACAUGUCUACAAAUGGGUGUCUUACAAGGUGUCAGAUGACAUGACUAGUAUAGUGGUGGACCAGACUGCUCCAGCCGUGAAAAUGGACAAGAGCUCGGACGAGCAGAAGUACUGGGACAAGUUCGCCAUGUUCUCAAUAGGCGGAGACGAGCCAAGGUUUUUUACGUACGAUUUCCACUACUUUCUGAAUGACGGAGGAAAGCGGGAGAAAAUGAUUCUUCUCUGCUGGGUUCCGGACACAUGCAAGAUGAAGAUGAAGAUGAUCUACUCGACGAGCAAAGACGCUUUCAAGAAGGCCCUCAAAGGUAUCUCAUUCACCACGGAGAUACAAGCUAACGACAAAGGAGACCUGGAUUUCGCAGAAGUCAGGUCCAGAGUGGCGAGAGCCGACAAAGAAUUCAUGUGAACAAAAUAUCUGACUGGACUUGAACUGAAUCUAAAUAUGCUUUAGUACUUGUUUUUUAAACUUUGAUGUAUGAAGACCCGAUGAAUUGAACGAGAAAAAGAUCCCGAAUCAUUUUUAAUACUGUCUGUGUUAAAACGUUAGAUAUAAUGGAGUUUUGAAUACAUAUCUGAUAUCUGAGCGACUUUAGACUUGAUGGUUAAAUUGAUAUCAUUAUGCUUGAACAAUGUGCAAUAUUGUCUGGAAAGUUCUGAGGAAGUAUAUUAUCAUGCAAUUAAUUUUAUUUUUGAUUUUAA